CGUCCGCCGGGCACGGGCACUAUUUUACCUAUAGCGAUUGAGUAUGAGCUCGUACGGUGGGUCAAUGCGCUUGGAGAUGAAGGGGUCCCCGUAACCACAACGAUGUUGAAGAUACAGGUCCUUGAAGUUUCAAAAGUAGCCAAGAUUUCCAACUUCUCAGCAUCUUGGUGCUGGCAAAAGCACUUCAAGCGCCGGCAUCAGUUUUCGUUGCGAGCGAAGCCGCGGUAA